AUGAACGACAGUGACAGCAGUCCAGCAUCGGCCGCCCCAACAGGUCGCCGUGACCUCCCGACUGACCCCAAGUCCAAUAGAUUCGUCGAGCUUGUCAACAGCCUCAGUCAUGUGCUACAUCAUCUAUGGUUUGCAUCAGUGCCAACCCCUCUUGAUACCACCGACAGCAGGAUGAUGAAGAUGUCCACUCUCCUCGAGGAUGCUGACCUGUCCACACCCACCACUGGCAGUGACCUCCUCACUCUGGGAGUCUCCCAUGUCUUUGCCGGUGAGGGCCGGGUGUCCCUACUCGACUGCCUGGCUGACUCGGACCCUCCUUCCUCUGUGAACCCGUCCUUUGGGGCGGCAUUGGCGGCUGAUACCAUACUCCUCUUGGUGGACCACAUCGAGUCUCGCGAUAUGCUAGCCUGUUCAUGGGCUCCUCUACUAUCAUCACUCAGUCUUCUGCUUAGUGUACGCUUACCUAGGUCCAGGAGUCAGAUGAGCGAUGAAACUACUAUGAUGACUGAUGACGACGAAGCGUUCGACAUCUUCCUCCAGAGUGUCCUCAGUGCCCUUGAACGGUUACUUCUACAGUGUUCUAAAUACCCCCAGCUCAGCAGUGGUCGGGACAGCUGCCUCGAGGCUUUGGCGAAGGAGUCCCUCCCUCGUAAAGAUGCACUCAGGCUGGACUGUCACACCGCCACAUGUGCUAAAGGCUUCCUCAACAUCUGUCAUAGAAGUGGUGAAAGGCUGUCGGUGCCGGGCUGGACUCUGGCUCUGAAGACCUUCGAGACCCUCUGCCUUCGAUUCAUCAGCCCAGAACAGCAGUCGAGUGCAGCGAACUCUGAUAGUGGUCUCGAGUGCCAAAUGCUCGCGGUGUCAAUGGACUCGCUCUUCUCGACUUCUCCGGAAGCGGACGGGUCCUUCGUAGACAUGGUAGAUGCCCUGGUCCACAGAGACACUUGUUGGUCACUAGAAAGGCUAGCAAUGGCAUUAACAUCAGCAGAGCCGAGGCGACUGGACUUGGUCCUGACUACUAUCGUUACUCCUGCCCUCGAGACGAGUAUUCAUCCAGAGGAAGCCGCGGUCUGCAUCGGCAAGGUCCUCGUCGGGCACAUAUCCAAUCAAGGGUGCUGCGUUAAGGGUCUUAUUGAGCCCCUCAAGGCCUUCACCACCUCUGCCCCUGAGACCGUCGUGUCCAUCCUUAAGGACCUCAUGGUACACUCUCCCGUUGCCACCAAGCUCGACACGGAGGGUUGGGUGUGCCUCAGUGAACUCGUCCGUGAUCUCUGUGAUGUGCCCACGGUCGUUGCAGCAUCACAAGCUUCAUCGAUCGGUAAGCGAUCGAGCCAGUUGAUGGUGAACCAGCUGCACUUGUCGGUGUACUCCUUACUCGAAGUGCUGGUCAUGGAAUGCAUAGACGUUCUACCCAACUCUAGCUUGGCCCUGCUCAUUGACGGCCUCCAACGUCUCAGCACCAACAGUGUCAUCAAUACCUCCUUGAAGGCCUUGGGUCUACUCUGGAACGUCUCUGAUGCGUUGAUGAGCCGCAUGUCCGGUGGUAGAGGAGGCGGGGUUUCUGACCACAGUCGUCGUCACUACAGCACUGGCAGCAGUACUGGUGAUGGCAAUCCUGCCAACGCUGAGCCUAUCACUUUCGAUCCCCAAGAGAGUGGUCGCCUCUGGUUCGAUCUCCUCACUAAGUUCAAGAGUGCAUCAUUGGACCCGAGGCCGGCAGUGAGGCACUGUGCUAUAAGGACUAUGGUCUCGAUGCUCAAUGCUGCUUGCGGGUGCCCGGAGGUCCAUGCCGCCUCUGCGGUUGGAGUCAUGUGCGAUACUCUCGCUGAGGUGGUCGCAGCUAGCACUACUGCCACUACCCUCAACGGCUCACAAGAAGACGACCGUUCCAACCGGGGGUCUUCGGAGGGUCUCAUCGUACACCAUUCAAGGGACUCUGUUCAGAAGCAAUGGAGCGAGACCUGCGUCCUGGUCCUGGAGGGAUCCGUCUCUAUUGCUAGCAAGUACCACACUCUGAUGACAGCUGAGGAGUUCGAUACGCCUAGUCUCGCCAUAUUGGACUUCAUUCAGCCCCGCCUGGCUGGUAGGGAGGGGGAGGUCCAUGCGGCAUGUGCCAACGCCUUGGUUGAGCUCCUCCGUCUGGGUGCUACUGAUAAGGACACGAAACUGUGGUCCCGAGGAUGGCAACUGGUAGCUUACAUAGCGGACACUCUGGUGGAGGAGUCACUAACAUCAGAGGAGCCUAGUGUGCUGCUGCCUCUCAACUUGGCAGAGCUUAUCAAAGAGCCGCAGUCUCUGGCAGCCUUUCGUUGUGAUGACGUCAUCGUCCUUGCCUUGUUGGUCAUGGCCACCGUAACUCGGCCUUCUACCUACCUCCAGUCGGCCCUCCCCUUCAAGGACGUAUGGAUUCCCACUAUGCUAUCGGACCCCACUAAGCGAGGGGCAGCAGCUUCAAGUGCAGGGAGGAACGGUGUGAGUGCUGGUCUUUGUGAGGUUGCUUCCCGAGGACGAUGUGCCCAACUUCUCUGGGGUAAGACUGGUUCAUCAGCGUCUUGGGAGGCUCGCUACCGACGCCUGCCUGAAGCCCUCAAGGGUCCUGUUGUCGAGGCUAGGGCCAGAGAUGAGUCUUGCGAUGAGUGUCACCAGCCGAGCUCGACGAAGGCCAUAUUGUUCUCGAGAACUGCCCAACGGUUACCACAUAAAUUUAUGGAGCUCUGGUCGGUCCUGGACCUCGUGGCCACUAGUGACGUCCCUGAGGGCUCGUUGGAGGUACUGGUCCAGCUGCUAUGUAAUGCCUUCUUGGACCCCCAGUACUGCCUGAGGGACUCCCUUACGGCCGCUUUGGCCGUACGGGCCGGUAACACCUGUGAGAUCAUCGCCAGGAAACUGAGCCUCUCGAGCGAAGUUAAGUCGGUGGUCCUCGAGGCUACCACAUCAGCAGCUAUUGAUCUCUUACGGACCUAUUAUGCGGGGGGCACCGGUGGUGGGCAGUCGUGGAAGGCCAGUGGCCUUUGGGAGCUGGCCGCCGAGAUGGUCUCAACAAGCCUUGAUGGACUCAGCUUCCAAGGAACUACUGCUGAGGAGUUACAGCCUUUCUGGUCGGAUUGUGUCGAGGAGUUGUGCAAGAAGCUCCCCUCGGUCUUGCAGAUCCAUUAUCGCUACUCUCACCAAAGGGCGGUAUCGGGCCCUGUUGAUGGUAAUAGAGAGGCCGACUAUAAGGCCGACUGGGCCACCGUCUCUGCUGUGGCGGUCCUCAUCGCCCUAUGCCGAUCGAAGUUCGCGGACCCAACCAAGGUCGUGGAGCUCACGAGCAAACUGUGCGACACGAAAGCCCGUGGGGGUGGUGACCUUGGUCGCUGUGCCCUUCGCGUGCUCUUCGCGGUGGCCAGUCCCAGUGGCAUGCUGUGGUCUUCAGAGGAUAUCAAGGCCACCUCCAUCAAGGUGGCCGAGCGGUGGGUUGGUCAUCGGUACACUACAGAGGGUCACUUGAAUGCCACCACGCCCUCUAGUCCCACCGAUUAUGGGGCGCGUGACGCUGGCAUGGAGAUAAGCUCCCAGUUGCGUAUGCUGGGCACGUCGGAACUCUGCAGGCGCAUAUGCUGUACUCUCUCACAGUACGCUGAGGACGAGCAGGCUACCACUGAUGACCCUAUGGCCCACCAUCGAACCGAGCAAGUUCUCUUCGUUUUGGGCCGACUUUGUGAUGUUGCUGAUGAGCAGCUCCUUUUAGCGACUCUACCGGCCUUAUCGAAGUUAGUGGCGACUACCAAGGACGAGCGAGUCCGUCGAGGAGUGCCUCGAGUGAUGCUCACCUUGGGUGAAGUGAUGGGGAGCAAGGCAGCGUAUAAGCAACUUGUUGGUUCUGAUUUUGUGUAA